CCGACGUCCAUCAACGACAACUCGAGUUAUCCAUCAUUGAAGUCGAUCCAUCAUGUCGGAGGCCGGCUUAGCAGAGCGCAUCGACGCCAUCAUCGCCGAAUUCUUCUCGUCAUGGAACAUUUGGACGACUAUUCUCGCGCUCGCUCUGGCAGUGUUCCUCAUCUACCCGGUGCUUACAGGUCGUGACCCAGAUACUCACCCAUAUCUGCUCGCAAGACAAGCACAGGUUGCACCCAUUCGUCAAUCAGGUGAGUCGGCCGUCUACCGCGCCAUCGACAUUCCACAUGGCUAUCCUCUCCGCUCCGGUCUGGGUGUCAAAGACCCAGGAACACCAAAGUGGAGUUCCGGCCGGCCUGGAGAUCUACGGGAUGUCUGGAGGACGGCAGUCCGUGGCGCGGUCAAUGAAGAGGGCAACCCGACGGGCCAAAGAGGCAAAGUCUUGACAGUCCUCGGCCUGGAAAAGGUCAUCGAGCAUAAUCUGGAAGACUUGACGCUCGGAAUCAAUGUCAUCGGCCAGUACGUGAAGCGAAACAAUGGCCAGUCUGUGGCAGUCUGCCUCUCAAAUUCCGUGGAAUUGUUGUCUUCCAUUUUUGCUGGUUCGUUCUAUGGCUUCUCGACAAUUCUUCUCCCAUACGGCCUGCCGCCUGACAAGCUCAACUCGCUUCUCUCCAAGGUGUCAGCCGACCAUUUGAUUGCCGAAGCUGGCACAUUGGACCUUGAGACUCUGUCGUCGACAGCCAAAAGCAUCAAGAACAUCAUUUGGGUCACCCGAUCGGAGAACAAGCAUAUGGAAUGGACAGAAGGUUCCCCCGAAGGGUUUGCGGUUAGCUCGUGGCAGGAACUUGUACAGAAGAACCAGAGACCCUCCAACUCGGAGGUUUUGCCUUUGGACAAGGAUUCUCAGGUCCCACCCGUGUUGAUUUUUUGCCCGACUGCUAGUGGAGGAUUUGACCUGGUCAAAUACACCUCAGAAAACCUGAUAUCCGGCACCGCUGCACUUCUCGCUACCCUUCCACGCGCUCAAAAGCUUAGCCCGAGCGACUCGUUGCUCCCAACCACACCUCUAACAGACAGCUACACUCUUUGCUGGAUCUUUGCCGCCCUCUAUUCCAAUGCAACGCUGUCACUCAAUUCCGUUUCGGGAGAUAAUAUCGAUCUCGCUCAUGCCACCUCCCAGACCUCUCCGACAGUUGUGCUCGCCUCUCCCGCGACCGUGCAAGCAUACUUAUCCCACCCAAACACAACCCUUCCUGGUGGAUUGUCGAAGUACAUGACUACACGCACUCUGCAGCAGGGGAAUCUCCCAACAAAGCAGACGAACGCGUCCGACACCCUCUCGCAUCUCCGUGUCCUUCUCAUUCCUCAAUCAGUCACGACCCCGGCAUCAGGCCGCUUGUCGUCGUCGACACUGCACAGUAUUCGCACGCACUUGAAAUGCCGGAUUGGAUACGCCCUCACGAGUCCGUCUGUGGCGGGCGCGAUUGCGCAGACCAACAUCUUUGAUUAUCGUGAUAAAGGCGAUAAAGUAUGCUGCGUCGGCGCGCCGCUUAGCAGCGUGGAGGUCAAUUUAGCCGGGGAGGAGCCUGUCAUGGGGUCGCGCACUCCACGAGGAGCAACGGUGACGAUCAAAGGACCUGCGGUGGUGGGUGGAAAGAUAACGCUCGAGAACAUCCAUGUGCAGGUCGAUGAGGAUUAUACGUUGCUCCUGCUCUGAGCCAACCCCGUGCCACUCUAUCGCGUCGACGGACGAAGUGGACCAGAGUUACCCCGUGUCAUGAAACGUCCACACGUAUUCAGAUUCACAUGAAUGCGUGGGUUGGGGACAUCUAGAGAGUGGAUAGGCAGGCCGAGCUCGUUUCGGGAGGGUCCAGCAACUACAACCAUACGAAUGCAAGGGAAAACAAAAUAAUCAUGCUAGUGGGAAUGACAUGAAUUUGAUAACGAUAGAAAGAAAGAAAGAAAGGAAAAAAAGGUUGCUCAUCAUGUUCUCCAUACCACUUGAAUUGUUUCGUCAGCCAGCCAGCCAGCCCAAGCUCGGACCUUCAAAGUUGACGAUCU